UGCGAUUUACAAACAACUGCAGUACUCUUUUGUACUUCUUCAGUUGACUUAGUAGUGCAGUAUGGUGUUUUGCGGUUGUUCAUCUCUUUUCAUUCUCGUUAUUCUUCUUUUUAAUAUUUUGCUGGUACAAGUGUCAGUAUGUUCUUUGGAUCCUCUUCCACAACUCAAUACGAGUUUCUACGUCGCAGCAUUGAUCGAGCUUCAUCGACAAUUGUGUCCUGUAGAACAAUAUCCAAAUCUCGUAGUGCUACGGCUAAGCAAUGAGAUGCUGUUUGAUAAAAUAUUUCCCACCAUCAUCCGCGAUCUAACAUAUACUAAAACAAUAAUCGAUGAACCGCAGCUUUUCUUGAGUGAUGAUAAUUUUUUUUACAGCUGCAACUUUAUUCCUAUCGGCAGUUUAGAGCACGUGAAGGUAACAUCGUUUACAAUGCACUUGCAUUCUUUAAGGUGUAUUGUGUAUUUAAGGUGUGCUUUUUACAGAUGUAUACAGGUCUCCGAUUCAGCACAAGUAGCAUUUUCUUUUACCCAACAUGGUUGUCUGCUGCAUUACUACAAUAUAACAAUACUUCAUUUGCGAUGGCUCAACGAAAAGGCUACGAAGUGAUAUACGAUCAUAACAACACGAUGGAAAUCUUUCACUGGAAUUUCUUAUCAAAUCAAACAAUAACACUCAAUCCUCAAAACGUCGUUGUUCCAGAUGAUGCGCUAGACCUGUUUGGCUACGAGAUGGUCAUGUAUUCGAUGAAUUACAACAGUGAAGUCAUGACGUUUGACGCUUACUUCUUGGAAUUGAUUGCAAGCAAAAGAAAUGCCACUGCAAUUGUAGAAAACACUUUUUCAAAACGCAUAUCUAUAAUGAUUGUCCAAAGUCCUAAGGAUAUGCAAGAUCAUGACCUUUUUCCAGGUCCCGGGACCACUUACAUAGCUAUUUUAACACAUCGAGCCAAACCCAAAUCUAUCGUUUCCACUCUACUGGAUCCUUUCGAUACAUAUACCUGGAUAACAUACUUUAUACUGGUGCUCACAAUUGCAUUUACUGUUUCAUUGUUUGGAGAGUUUCUCGGAAAGAGUCAUUUUGUGGAGAUAGUUCUUGAGCUGAUUAUGCUUUCUCUCGCGGGACCAUCCAGAGCAUACGGAGGAACGUUCGAGAAUCGGAUCAUCACUCUGUUCUGUCUAAUGGGUAUAGUGCUCGUAUCGUCGUAUCAAUCGCUUGUGAUAUCCUUCAUGUCAUUCGUGCGUUACCAUCCAGAGAUCAACACACUGGCAGACAUUGAGCAACGAUGUAUUUUUAGUGAUAUUGAAGCAGCACGCGAGCUGAACUUAACAACGUACACAUUGAAUCAUUUUCCUACAUUAGAGCAAACGUGCUACAUUGAUUAUGUGCGCGAUAGUGAAGAGCAAAGUAUAGCAAUUUAUGAAAAGUAUAUCAAUAAUGCUGAGCUUGCACGUGCUAGAAUCCAAGAUUUGCGCCAUGCUAAGGUAAAGUUUUACGAAUAUCCAUUAUGUUAUCUGGUCAUAAACCUUUCAUUUCGAAAGUUUUUUAAAUUCUAUGCGCAAGCAAUCAUUGAAGCAGGCAUUUACGAUUUCUACUAUCGGAACAGGUCGCAAAUCAAAUGGCAAUAUGCGCAAGAAAAGUUCACAAACCGUGCCGUGCGCGUGACGGAUUUGUCAUUGUUAUGGUAUGCAUACGCUUCGGGAGGCUUGAUUAGCUUGAUAUGUUUUAUAGCAGAAAAAAUAUUUCUAAAAUUAUCACAUGUGUUUCACAUGAGAGAGAGAUAUAAUGAGCAGCAUAUUUUUAGAAACCUAAAAAAUCGAUAACACCGCCAUGUCAAUAUUCAUUCUACUGUAUGUAUCAUUCUGAAUAUGGUUUAGAAUAGGAAUAAAAGGUUUUAUUAGGAUUUCAGCACAAUUCGGGGCGUAUUUUUGGCAAUUGGGAUCACUGUUACAUAAAUAAAGUAAGAUACAGCUAAAAUUCUGUAUUUUUCAUACAUCAGUCAAAGUCAGCUAAAGUCUCUUUCUUGUCGGAAAUUUCCCCAUGAUUUUCCGGUAAAAACCUUCAGAAACGGUGCUUCGACACCAAGUACUCUUCUGCAGACUUGCGCCUCUUGCCACAGAUUUCGGCGGAAGCUACCAAGCUGGAUUUGUUGGAGGCGAAUCGACCACCGACCAAAUCUUUACUCUACGGCAGAUCCUCCAGAAAUGCCGAGAGUAUCAGAUCUCUACGCACCACCUGUUCAUUGACUUUACGGAGGCCUACGAUACCAUAGAUCGGACCGAACCCAUGGAAACUGGUAUGGGUGUUAAAGGCCACGAUGGAUGGGAUGCAGUGCAAGGUGAGGGUAUCGAACAUGCUGUCGGAAUCGUUUGAAUCUCACCGGGGUAUGAGGCAAGGGGACGGACUCUCCUGUUGGCUGUUUACAUAACAUCGCUCUGGAAGGUGUCAUGCGAAGCGUGGGCUUCGACACCCGGGGUACAAUUUUCACCCGUUCUCUCCAAUUCCACGGCUUCGCGGAUAACAUCGACAUCAUCGGACGGACAUCUGCGGCGGAGUGCGAGGCCUGAAACGCAAGGCCGAUAUAAUUGGUUUGAGGAUCAAUGCGACGAAGACAAAGUACCUGCUUGCCAGAGUCUCUAACCGUGAUAGAGUCCGACUCGGAAGCAGAGUAUCAGUUGACGGCGAAGAUCUCAAGGUGGUAGAAGAGUUCUGCUACCUUCACUUCGGACUUCGGACAACAACAUGAGCAGCGAAAUUCGAAGGCGAAUUGUUGAGGGAAAUUGUGCCUACUACGAACUCCACAAACUCCUGCGAUCCAGAAGACUCCAGCAACACACGAAAUGCACAAUAUAUCGCACACUGAUACAUCCGGUAGUCCUCUACGGGUACGAGUCCUGGACUUUGCUAACGGAGGACGCCAAUGCACUCGCUAUUUUCGAACGGCGGGUGCUAAGGACUAAGGACUAUCUUUGGAGGUGUGUGCAAGUAUGCCGUGUGGAGAAGAAGAAUGAACCAAGAGCUAGCUGAGCUGUUGGAGAUAUCCUGACGGUUGUCAAAGCCGGUAGGAUACGAUGACUUGGGCACGUAUUCAGGAUGCCGGACUUAUGCCCCACAAGGAAGAGGCUCGUCAGCGAUCCGAUCCGUCAGGUGGAGUCAAACUUGUCGGAGAUCGGAUACAGCCGUGGAUGGACAACUGCAGCCCUAGAUCGAGUUUCCUGGAAACGGAUUGGCGUCCAGGCCAUGUCUUCGGGAUGUGCUCGACCUUGGGCAGGCUAGAUAUGAUGAUGAUGAUAAUGAUGAUGUUCUUUCUUCGCAAGUUAUCAUUGAUAUGCUUUACUGUUGGCUAUGAUCAUUUCGGAUACAGGGGAAAAAUGCGUCUUUUUUUCAUGAUCGUUUCAACUAAUAGGAAUCGUUAAAUCAUCCCAAACAGCUUACAAUGUGCAACGAAAGAUUAAUCAAUAAAGAAAUGUACAUCAUGAGUAAUAAAUCACAUAAUGAAUAUAUCAUUCAACGCCUGUUGUCUAAAAUGAAACAUUAAUUAAAUGCUGAAGGUGUAUACGAUUUACCAUUGAGUCGACUAAUUUAAUUUGCGUUAGUUUCACUCGAAUGCUUACGCCUGACAGGGUCCCGUGUCCCGAGUCCCCGUUCACUCAUUUCGGCGCUGUGGUAGCGUCGAAAGCGCCAACCGACCGAAACCACCGAUGAAAAUUAUUUUAAGAGCACUGUGGGAGAAUUUCAGAGCAACACGAACCACCACAAAGCUGUUUGCAUUAAAGAUUUACAUAAUGAAAUCAGCGUAAUAAAUGCUGU